AUCUAUUCUUCACUUGCAGUAGCAGAUAAUGUCGUCGAAUUCCGUUCAUCUUCUUUCUUUUAUUACUCUUAUUCUUAUUAUGGUGACCAAUGCAUACGGUGUUGUUGAUGAGUAUGUACGAGAUGAUUUUCCGGCUGAUUUCGUUUUUGGUGCCGGAACUUCUGCCUACCAGUAUGAAGGAGCUGUGCUGGAAGAUGGACGUACUUACAGCAUUUGGGACACUUUAGCUCAUUAUUCAGGCAACAAUAUAUAUAAUGGAGCAAAUGGUGAUGUAGCAUGUGAUGGGUACCAUAAAUACAAGGAAGACAUUGAACUUAUGGUAGACACAGGUCUUGAAGCUUUAAGAUUUUCCGUCUCUUGGUCCAGAUUGAUCCCAAAUGGCAGAGGACCCGUGAAUUUAAAGGGAUUGCAAUACUACAAUGAUUUCAUCGACAUCCUUAUCAGCCAUGGAAUACAACCACAUAUUACAUUACAUCAUAGUGAUCUACCACAAAUUCUUGAAGAUGAAUAUGGAGGAUGGCUUAGCAGAAAAUCAGUGAAAGACUUUGUUGCAUAUGCGGAUGUUUGCUUCAGAGAAUUUGGCGAUAGGGUUUUGCACUGGACUACUUUUAAUGAAGCUAAUGUAUUUGCUUUAGGUGGUUAUGAUCUGGGCGUGUUGCCACCUGGACGCUGUUCUUACCCGUUUGGGUACAUUAAUUGUACUAACGGUGGUGACUCUACAUCUGAACCAUACAUUGUAGGUCACCAUUUGUUGUUGGCUCAUGCAUCGACAGUACGACUCUACCGAAAAAAAUACAAGGCCACACAACAUGGUUUUAUUGGAAUAAAUAUCUUUGCGUAUUGGUAUAAUCUUGAUUCAAAUACAAUUGAAGAUGAGAAAGCUGCCGAAAGAGCUCAUGAUUUCUAUGAGGGUUGGUUUUUGAAUCCGUUGGUGUACGGGGACUACCCAGAAAUAAUGAAGAAAAACGCAGGCAGUCGAAUUCCAAAUUUUACCAAACAAGAAUCAGAGAGAAUCAAGGGCUCAUUUGACUUUGUUGGCGUAAACCACUAUGACACGAUAUCUAUCAAGAACAACCCCAGUAGUUUUGAAAUGGAGACCAGGGACAUGUAUGCUGACAUGGCAGCAACACUUAUAGUCAAUGGAACUGAUAUGUUUCCAACUCAGUCUGAGAUAACUCCAUUGGGUCUGCAAAAGCUUCUUAACUAUCUAAAGGAAAAAUAUGGAAAUCCUCCUAUUUACAUCCAUGAAAAUGGCCAAGGUCAACCACGUAACGGAACAUUGAUCGACACCCCAAGGGUAGAGUACUUGCAUGCCUAUAUUGGUGCUGUGUUGGAUGCAAUAAGGAAUGGAUCGAACACGAUGGGAUAUUUUACUUGGUCUUUUCUUGAUCUCUUUGAGAUGUUGAGUGGCUACAAAACCAGUUAUGGUUUGUACUAUGUCGACUUGGAUGACAAGGAGUUGACUCGAUAUCCUAAGCUUUCCGCACACUGGUAUGCUAGUUUUUUGAAAGGAAAGAACAUGAGUGGCAUUUUUGAAAAUGUAAAUUCACAAGAGACUUUGUCUUCUUCAUAUUAGUUAUUGCCCUCCAUUUGUUUUGCUAAAUGAUGGAAAGUAUGUUGUAUUAGGAUCUACUUUCAUGUUUUAUGGUUAGUUUGAUACAAUAAAAAGGUGGCAUGGCAUCGCUUUCA